AUGAAGACCUUCAACUGUCGCAUCAUAACAAGAACACUAUCAUCAACUGCUACUCACCUACCGACUGACGCAGCUGAUGAAGACUUCAACGUCAGAAUAGGAAAGGCCAACGAGAGCGAAUACAGGAUAGGAAAUUUUGGGUUAGGAGAAAGAAAUGGGAAUGGGGACCAUCUCGCAGGACUCCUGUCCGCAGCAUGUCUCUUCCAUGGAAACUCGUAUUUCCAGAAGGAAGAAAGCGACUGCUGGAUAUGGGAGUCUCCUAACGGCAUCACUCAUGCGGAGAUCGACCACAUUCUGACAAACAGAUGGUGGGCCCUACUUGACACAUCGGUAGUCCCGCUAUUCUGUACUGGUUCCGAUCACCGCCUUCUUCGCGCGAAGAUUCGAUUCAGCCGCAAGCUGGAAAAGAGCUCUCUUCAUCGACCACGAAGAGAAGAUCUAGUUGUAUACGCCGAGAACAUUCUGAACGAAGUCCUGUAUAAACGUGACUGGCGGAUUAAAGAAGACCCGACCGAUGACUACGAACUGCUUGUCGAAGGAUUGAAAAGCUGUGCCAAAUGUGCCAAAUUCGCCUCUGUUCUUCAAGCGAGAAGAUCGGAUCGCAUCUCCAUCACUACUAUUGCUCGAAAAGAGAAGGAAACUGAAGUUUGA